AACGUAUAGCAGUUGGAAUUGGCCACUAUAUAAAGCGGAGCUGAAUCCACUUGAAAUCAUCCAGUUGUCUUUUCAACAACAGUCCUCACUACUAACAAGAAAAUGAAGGUUAUCAUCGCUUUAGCUGCUUUGGCCGUUGUUGCCGUUACUGCCCAAUACCCCUCUUAUCCUUCAUAUCCUGCACCGGCUUAUCCUAAACCCUCCUACCCCAAGCCUUCUUACGACUAUGCUCCCAUUCCGUACAACUUUGCCUACGCUGUCAAAGAUGACUACACCUACAACGACUUUGGUCAUCAAGAGACCAGCGAUGGUUACGCCAAGACCGGAAGCUAUUACGUCCUCUUGCCCGAUGGUCGCAUGCAGACUGUCAACUACAAGGCCGACGAGAACGGAUACGUCGCCGAUGUUUCGUACAAGGGUGAAGCCCAAUACCCAGAGUACAAGCCGGCUUACUCCAAGCCCGCCUAUCCCAGCUACAAACCGGCCUACCCCGGGCCGGCCUACCCUAAACCUGCGUACAAGCCCAAGUACAACUAGACAGUUGCAGCAGAGAAACUUGCAAAAGAGCAGCAGCUCGUAAUGCCCGAGAUUAUUUUAUGAAUAUAUAGCAGCUAUACAGUACGAAAAUAACAACUCAUUUGAAUAACAAACGUGAUACAACGAAAAUUCAAUACAAGAAUUAAACAUUUAAA